AUGUCAGCAGAAGGAGAUCUCAAUGUUGAUGGACUUAUCACAAGACUUCUCGAAGUCAGAGGAUCAAGACCUGGUAAAACUGUUACAAUGUCAGAACAAGAAAUUAAGGCCCUUUGCUUUAAAUCUAGAGAGAUCUUUUUAUCACAGCCAAUACUGUUGGAGCUUGAAGCACCUUUAAAAAUUUGUGGUGAUAUCCACGGGCAAUAUAAUGAUUUACUUCGUCUUUUUGAAUAUGGAGGUUUUCCACCAGAAGCUAAUUACUUAUUUCUUGGAGAUUAUGUUGAUCGUGGAAAGCAAAGUUUGGAAACUAUUUGUCUUCUUUUGGCUUAUAAAAUAAAAUAUCCAGAAAAUUUCUUUUUACUCAGAGGUAAUCAUGAAUGUGCUUCUAUCAAUCGUAUUUACGGAUUCUAUGACGAAUGCAAAAGGAGAUUUUCAAUAAAACUUUGGAAAACAUUCACGGAUUGUUUCAAUUGUUUACCAAUCGCUGCCUUGAUUGAUGAGAAGAUCUUCUGCUGUCAUGGAGGAUUAUCUCCAGAUUUACAAAAUAUGGAACAAAUAAGACGAAUAAUGCGUCCUACUGACGUACCAGAUACCGGCUUAUUGUGUGAUCUAUUGUGGUCUGAUCCAGAUAAAGAUGUUUCCGGAUGGGGAGAGAAUGAUCGUGGUGUAUCAUUUACAUUUGGUGCCGAUAUUGUAGCUAAAUUUCUAGGACGCCAUGAUUUAGAUUUAUGUGUCAGGGCUCAUCAAGUAGUUGAAGAUGGAUAUGAAUUCUUUGCCAAGCGUCAGCUUGUUACACUUUUCUCAGCUCCAAAUUAUUGUGGAGAAUUCGACAACGCCGGAGGAAUGAUGACUGUUGAUGAAACACUUAUGUGCUCAUUCCAAAUUUUGAAACCAUCAGAAAAAAAGGGCAAAUAUCAGUAUUCUGGGAUGAACAGCGGAAGACAAGUGCAGUCACCUCAGCGCGGAAGCGCUGCACCAGCGGGUCAAAAGAAGAAAUAA